AUGAUUCCUGAGGCUCUGCAACCCAAGGCGCUCCUUGCCCACCCGAGGACUUUGGCCCCACACCUCCGCACUCUGAUAGUUGCUGAUGCAUCGACCGAGAACCUCGACUUUAUCAGCUCAUGUAUUCUGGAUCAAGUUCAGACGGAGGCAAUUCCUUCCUCCGUAUUCAAUAUCUGGCUGUCAUUGACAUGCAAGCACUCUUGGUAUUUCCCCGUCAAAGCACUCCACGAUCCGUCUUACGGAGUCCGUGCCGGCGCCACUAAAGUUGUCAAACAUCGUCUUUUCCGUGGUAGUCACUGGAAAGAGCGAGGAUGGGAUGUACUUGGAGGUGCGCAGGGGACCAAAGACAUCCUUGACAAGCUGCCUUUGGUGGAAGUGCCACGCUUGGUCGAUGCCAUUUUCGGCCGCUGUGACGGCUUUUCCGACAGAAAGUUAGUGUCGACGUGUAUCGAGGAGUUCCUGACUCUGAUGGAGGAUACAAAUCGCUGGGUUUCGAGAUCGUUGCUACCCCACCUCACCUUCCUAUACGCGCUUUGUAGCGCCGAAAAGGUCGAACAUCUGCUUCGAUCCCAGUCGCGAAUUUCUUUCAAAAUCCGCAGCCAUGUUCCCCGAUUUCAUACCCAUCUUCUGCGGCUGAUCGGAGUUGGAGCGGUGCAUAUGCCCAACGAGGUGCGGCUCGGCAUUAUAAAGCGGUAUCGAAGCUCUUUACUGAGCUCAAAAGAACCAUAUGACCCAAUCUACUAUCAGAAAAGGGCAUUCGACAUGUCCCCCGGACUAUUAUUUGGCAUGGAUCUCCUUAUGGCCAUGGAAAAGGAGCCGGAACAACACAGUAAUGAUGAGAUUGAUCAAUGGGUGGAGGAAAUCCUGGAUAAAAUGAUUCGUGAAAAGCUGCCUGUCGAAUCGAUAUUGUUGAUUCUGAAUCAGGGAUCAGCAGUUUGCCAAGCUAGUGCAUUGGCUCGACCCAAGGACAGCGUGGGUUGGCUGUCGCGGGGUCUCUCUCAAUUCGUCAUUCAGCUUUGGUCGAUUUCGCGAUUUGGGCGUGUGGGAGGCUCCCUAAGUGGGCUAAUGGCGAAGUACCGACAAAGGCGGCGCACGAAACCAUUAUCAGGCCAUCAGGCCUCUUUGGAGCAAUGCCUAAUCCAGAAGAUAUUGCACGUUAAUGAUGAGAGCUUCAGCAUUCAACAAGGCCGUCCACGAUUCACUAGGACCAUAAUCAAUCUUCUCUCGCUCGUGGAUAAGCAGGGAAGAAUGGAAUUUCUUCAGCUGCUAUUCCAGCAUUCCCCAAGCCUGCAAAUUGACCUUACAGCCUGGCCGCCGUCGAAGAAAGAGGAAGAAGUUAUGCCAUGUUGGGACAUAGAUGUUUUGCGGAUACUACCACCAGAGGACUCGAAGUCCCUUUUCAGACGUUCUCUUCACAUUCAUCAUUGUGAAGAGUUCCUUCCAAGCUCUCAGGGCAAAGAUUCAGGCUCGAAGAUUCCAUCAUGGGAAGCACAGUGCCGGCUUUGGGCAACUUGGGAAUCUGUUGGUUCCCAAGGGGAUGAUUUCCCUGUCACACGCAAAGGUACACAAAAUCUUGCCCUUCUCUAA